UGCGAUCUGCAGCGAUCUCCAAUGGCCGCGUUCAUACAAUGAGACCAGUGGCACCUCUGGUAGUCCCAGAAUCUUCAUUGUGGCAUCCAAAUCAUAAUCAUAUCAUCGGCGCCCUCAUCCAGGACUUGUUGUCUUCUGAACCCCCGGCAACCGCUCAGGUAGAGCGACACGUGUUAACGAAGAUCCUGCCAUACGUUCUCUUCCAGUUCGCUCCUGAGCUGUAUAAAACGGACCAGACAAAAGGGCAUGAGUCCGCAAAAUCCUCACGACUUCAAGCCGCAAGAGCUGUUUUAAUCGCUCUCAACUAUUCGUUAAGUUUGCCCAAUGAAGUGCUGUUUGAAUCUCCGAAUGAAACAAAAUUCUCGGGUAGGAUCAACGACGGAAAAGAAAUACGCCUACUGCUUCUGAAUGCUUUCACUUUGCUGUGCAAGAGGAUAGAUGGGGAGAAGCUCUGGCUGUUAUUCACUCAGAAGACGCAGCUCGCUCGCGUAGACAGUAGCAAAAAGCAACCAAAUACCGAACACGCCACAGUAAACGCUUCAGCUCGCAUUGAUAUUGUCGUACGAUCCAUCCUCAGUUUGAUCGAAGACGUGCCCAUACUACCCCGAAAAAAGAAACACAAUGAUCUCGGUAGCCUAUGCUGGCGUGCACGAGAGUGUUUGAGGGAUCUGCUUAUAGCUCUGCGGCGAAUAGCCAAAGUCCCACAGCUUGACCGUCUCCACAGCAGGUUGUCUCUCCUAGAGGAAUUUGCGUGUGUUUUGCUCAAGGGGCUCCGGCGAAAUGAACGAAAACCAAAUCUGUACUCUCGAUUGAAGCUGCAAAUUACGUUAUAUGCAGAUAUGAUCCUUCUGCUGCCGGCAACAAUGCCUGCACGCGUUCCUCCGAGCAACGUACACUUGCUCGCGCACCCUCUUCUGCUUCUCCGUCAUGUGUUUGUGCCCAUCUUGCGAUUAACAGUGUGGAAUGUGGAAGCUACUUCGCAUGGAGCCCAGGCAUUCCGCAACCUCCGAGCAUAUAUCCUUGUGUGGGCUGAAGAUGAAAACGGUCACCUCGACGAUAUGAGCAACAUUCUUACUGAAGAUCGACUUACCCUUUCUAUUUCCGAUUCGAAGCAUCUCCUCAAACAUACGUCUAUCCUACUUGUAUUACUAGCCGAUUUCUUUACCAAUGCAUCACGGAGCCAUGCGAAGGAAAUUCUCCCUGCUGCUGACAAGAAGCGUUUCAUGCCAAUUCUUCUGACGGACAAUAUCACGAGAGAUUUGGUUCGGUGGACGUUGUCCGGUUAUACAACGCGAAUGGUACAACUGUUUCUUCUCCCACUGCUGGAACAGUUGAGCGCUACAGAAGACAAUUGGAAACUAUGUGAGCGAAUUAUCGUAAGCGUGUACAAUGGACGGUUGGGCUCAAAUGAGGAUGAACAAGACCAUUUUCUUUCCGUGAACGACAGCAUCGACUCAACGGUUCAGUGCUUGACGAAGUGGCUUAUUACGAAUGCGUGCUGGCGCUAUAACCACUCUGACGACGAUGCUGACGAAAUAGCUGGCGUAACCAGGAGAAUGGUAGGAAAACUGCCCUCACAGGAGGCCAGGCUCCGGGUACGAAUAUUUUGCAUCAAGCUGUUGGGUCGUAUCCCGAAUGACAAUCAGCAGAUUACAAAUUGCAUUUUAUCAUUAUUUGAUGAUCCCUCCUUGAAAAUUCGGCUUGCCGCAGCACAUGCUAUUAACGUUCGGCGUUCGCAUACCAAAUCCGAAUAUCGGGAAAUCAAUCGACCAGGGUUAGAGACACAGGAUCAGGUUGGAAGCUGGGGAGCUACUGCAGGUCCGAAAGACCGACCGAUGGCUCAAUCAGUUAUGAAGAAUGUGCUUUCGAAGCAUGCCGACUGCAAAAGCGAGCCCAGACAUAAGGACGUAAAAAUCAAAGUUCGAGCCAAAGACAAAGAGCCUGGAACUCGUUUUGAACAGAUGAGUAGGUCCGACCGAUCGUCACUACAACCAGGACCCGCUGAGCCUACAUCCAGACCCGAUAGGGCCGGAGAAGAAACUGAACUUAUCCAUGACUUCUACGAGUAUCUGAAAGAUCAGACAACAAAUGAUGUAGGAUUUGUGGUUAGAGAGCUCGCUGGGCGCGAUGACCGCAUGGAGCAGAUGGAGUACAGAGUAGAAGCAGGCGUGCAGCAGAUCAAUAAGAAACCGGAGCGACAAAGCAUUGAAACUAAGGACCUCAACAUAGAUUCUGGAUUCGCUACGGACGAGCCGCACAUUUACAGCCCAUCUGUUCCGUCACCAACGUCUUACAUCGGAUCAAGGGUUAAGCGUAGUCUCAGUAUACCGUCAGGUCGUGCGUACCUACACGAUGCGUUUCUUCAAGUGACAGGAACCACGUUAAGGGGAUCUCUAAAUCUUGAUACGCCAACGAAGGGGAACUGUGGACCUCACAUCAAUCCACCUGUCGGACUCGGUCCAGACUUUCAACGCCUGGAUGAGUUGGUGGAGGAGCAAAUCAGCCGCAUUGAUCGUAUCAUGAACCAUGAUCGAACACACGAGAGUAAUGGGACUGGACAUGUGAAUGACGUGAACCCAGAUGCCUCUCCAAACCGGCCAAGUGCGUCCUUUUCCGAUCUGCUUGGAGACAGAGCGAUAAACUUGAGAAAAUUAGAGGACACAAUUGACGUAGAUGCGGAAGGCGCUGCUCAGUUAAGACACCCCAGGCCAACACCAUUAGACGCCUACCCUGGCUUGCCACGUCCUCAACGCAGCCACAUCAAAUCUGCGACAUCCAGUCUCAUUAGUCCGAUCGGAUCCAGUGACAACGAGGAUGUGGAUGCCGAGAUGCAAUUGGAUGAAAUUCUAAGUGAGGAGGACGGGAAUGAUAUUUUUGAGGACGAUACCAUGAAGGGCAUGGAACAGGGUAUCAAUUCUGCUGUUGACGACAUCGCGCAAGGGGAAAGAUUGCCUGCGACACUAAAUGUGAAUCAUGUUUCUGGUGUCAUUUUACAUGACCAAUCUUUUGGAAUUCAAAGUAUUCAUAGCCACUCGAAAGGCAGCCUAAUGGAUCAAGGAGUGGAGAGCGACUUGAAUGUGGCAAGUGAUAAGUUGGUGGCAGAUGAUGCACAUGUGCCCGAUAAUGUGGCAUUAGUACCUUCGGUUGUGGACGACGCUGCCGGUCGUCUCGUUCCCGAUAAUAAAGCACAAAGCAGUCCCAAUGUCAGGGAGAAGAUCAAGGAAGAGAACGUGGACGCGUGCAAGGGAACAGAAAUCGUUGAACGAAAUAAUACGAACGGUGAAAGCACUUUUGUGCUUGACGUGCAAACAGAUGCAACGGACCACGUCCAACAUUAUGACUUGGCGACACGUUUUGCCCAUCAUACCUCCUCCUCAUUCACCUCCCUUCUUGCUCCUUUUUACCAAAACGCCCCCCCAACAUUCAUUCGCCCGCGUCUUCGAAAUGCAGUUGACAUGGUGUUGAAAGCGAUUGUUUUCUCUCGAAAUCUGGACGCACAGAUCGAAUACAGGAGUGGGAGAUUGAGCGCCCCAAGUGAGGAUGAAGAAGGAUCAGACAAAUCGAAUGCAUCCAACGCGCAGCGUCUUCAUCCUCUUCACCCACUCCUGAAAGGAGUAUUCUCGCUUGACCCAAUCCUUCUUUUGCAAUAUUGCUCUACCCUCGAUAUGACAGACCUUGCGCGGGCUGUUUCACUCCAUAAAACUGCUCAGUGGCAUGAAGGCUUAACUGUGAUUCACAGGCACCUAUUGCCUCUAUCCCGCAUAUUAUUUGAACUUGAAGCCCAAUUACAUGAACAUCUCACCGAAGCACAGGCAUUAGUUAUUGUGAGGGAUCAAGUGACAGUGGUAAAAUUGACUUGCAGAGAGGAAAAUGCACUUAGGGAUGUGUCUGGAUCUCUGGGUAAUUUGAUUGGGGCUGGUGAUGGAAGCUUUUUGAGAUGGGUUGAGGCUGAGAUCAAAUGAAGUUGACUUGGGAUUCAUGGCGGCCGCGAUCUCCAGUUUCUGUUUUGUUCUAGCAUCCGUGAUAUUGGACAGUUUUGCUCUUUAGAGAGAAACAAUAUAUGGAUAUUAGAGCCGCACGUCGUUAUGAUCGGGUUUUAUCUCGAGAAUAACAGCGUUUAUGCUUUCAACUCAA